GCCUGGUCUGCUUGUGACGCUUCCGAAAGAUGCAUCCAGGACACAGAUGGAUCAGUUUCCAUCUGGGUUGUUGGAGGGCGUGAGAGUUGAGCAUGGCCAGGGCCGCGGGGGUGGGGCCAAAGCUAGCUAGGCGGACACAAGCGGCAGAACAUUUCACGUGCCGAACUUUUUCUGGAUCGCCUCGAUAUUUUCUGUAGACGAUUGCGAUAACAUACACCACGCCAACAAUUCAAUAUGAAGGUCGGAAAGCCAAAGUCGAAGCGCGUACCCGUGCGGUUACGGCACAAGAUCGAGAAGGCUUCAGCGGCGAAGCAGAAGAAGGCGAAGAAGCUAGCGAAGAAGGACCCGACGUGGCGCUCAAAGACCAAGAAGGAACCCGGCAUUCCCAACCUGUUCCCCUACAAAGAUAAGAUUCUCGCAGAAGUGGAGGAGCAGCGCAGGAGGAAAGAAGAAGACAAUGCGCGCCGACGCCAGCUAGCGAAGGAGCAACAACAGAAGGGCGCAACCGCCGAGGAUGCCAUGGAGGAUGACGAAGAGUUCGAGCAAUUCGAUGCUGAAGGCGACGAACUACUUGCCGAUGACAGCGAAGACGAGGACUCGAUGCAGGUGGACAACAAGUUCAACCCUAUGGCAGCUCUCCUGGCUUCCGCAAAAGCGCGCGCCGCGGAAUUCGAGAAGAACGAUGACCCGGAUGCUAUGGAAGACAGCGAAGACGACGAAUCGGAUGGCGAUGACGCAGUCAAGGUCCGCAAAGAUGCGUCAAGAAAACAGUUCGACAAGGUGUACAAGCAGGUUGUCGACGCCGCGGAUGUUGUGCUGUACGUGCUCGAUGCUCGCGACCCAAUGGGAACACGAUCGAAAGAGGUGGAGCAGGCAGUCAUGGCAGCCGACCGUUCAAGCAAGCGCUUGAUAUUCAUCCUCAACAAGAUCGACCUGGUCCCACCGCCGGUUCUUCGCGCAUGGUUGAUUCAUCUACGUCGCUCAUUCCCUACUCUUCCUCUACGUGCAUCCAAAUCUGCGCCGAACGCGCAAACCUUCGAGCACAAGGACCUCACAAUCAAGGGAACAUCCGAGACACUCUUCAAGGCUCUCAAGACGUUCGCUGAGUCCCGUCAGUUGAAGCGCUCAGUCCAUGUCGGAAUUAUUGGAUAUCCCAACGUUGGCAAAUCAUCCGUCAUCAAUGCCCUGACAUCGAGAGUAGGCGGCAGGGCUGCUGGCUGUCCUACUGGUGCUGAGGCGGGAGUUACCACCAGUUUGCGCGAAGUCAAGAUUGACAACAAGUUGAAACUUAUCGACUCCCCUGGUAUCGUUUUCCCCAACACCGAAGGUUCUAAGGAUAGCAAAGUACAACAGAAGGCGCGCCUCAUUUUGCUGAACGCCGUACCCCCGAGAGAGAUUGACGACCCCGUUCCCGCUGUCAGUCUGCUCAUCAAGAGACUGUCGUCUUCGGAGGAACUAUUCUCGAAACUGAUGGCAGUCUACGAUCUACCUCCUUUACACACUGUGGGCAACGACAGGACGACCGACUUCUUAGUUCAGGUAGCAAGGAAGAGAGGCCGGCUGGGCAAGGGCGGUGUACCCAACAUGCAUGCCGCGGCACAGACUGUCAUUGUUGACUGGAGAGAUGGUCGUAUUCAAGGGUGGACCAGCCCUCCCAAGUACACACCUGCCGAGCCUUCUACCACCAAGACUGCACCAGCUACGAAGGGCGGACUUGUUGGCGAUCAGAAGGAGAUUGUCAAGGAGUGGGCUGCGGAGUUCAAGCUUGAUGGUCUUUGGGGUGAUGAUUCAAAUGAUACAGAGGCUAUGGAGGAGUAGGCAGCUUGUAUUGACUGUUAUGGCGAAAUGGCGUUCGUAAGGCUAUAGUGCUAGUGUACUUGACUCGCACAUAGGAAAAAGCUCCGACUAGAUAUCGGGCCUAACAAUGAUAUAUGUUCUUGAAGGCAAUCUUACAUUCCUGAUCCUAGACAUUAUAGAGCCUUCCGAUGAAAGCCUUGCGAUGAGCGUGGGUGGAUCGUGUACCGCUACUGACCGAAUAAGUCCUGC